CUGUCCUCCUUCAGAACAAUGGGGCCAUGGCUCCUGAAUGGGACAAUGGGCUUGACCUUUCUUGUCUUUUGCCUGCUGUCAGACCAGCUUCCCACAGCAGCCCACAAUAAGCUCAGGAGGAGAACAGGACGGGCAGAUCAACCCUCAACUCCCACCCCAGUGGAUUGCCAGCUUAGUGAAUGGUCAGCAUGGACCGAAUGCUUUCCGUGCCAGGGCAAAAAGCAUCGCUACAGAAACCUCCUCCAGCCCUCCAAGUUUGGGGGAAACAUAUGCAGUGGUGACCUUUGGGACGAGGUGGCCUGCACCAGCCCGGAGACCUGUGUGGUGCAGAGCCAGUGUGGCUAUGAUUUCCAGUGUAAGGAGUCAGGCCGUUGCAUCAAGAGGCGCCUGCUAUGCAAUGGAGAUCGGGACUGUCUUGAUGGAUCUGAUGAGGAAGACUGUGAAGAUUCUGGGAUCCUUAAAAAUGAUUGUCUGGACUUCAACCCCAUCCCUGGAUCAGAAAAGGCAGCCCAAGGGUUUAACAUUCUGACCCAAGAAGAAAAACUGAAUGUGUAUGACCCUACAUUCUAUGGGGGCUUGUGUGAACGUGUUUACAACGGAGACUGGAAGUCCCUCAGAUAUGAUGCUGUCUGUGAGAACCUCGAUUACAAUGAGAAGUAUUUCCGUAGACCGUACAACUUCAUCAAGUACCAAUUUGAGACCCAGGCCCAAUAUAAUCUCCAGUCAAGAUUUUACAAUCAUAUUGAAGAGCUAACCAGAGGCCUACAUAAGGAAAAAUUCAGUUCUAGUAGCUUCUUUGUCGGAAUCCCCAUCUACGCUGUGAUCCUGGGGAUAGGAUUCGGCUGGUCCUCCGGAGAGGGUUCCCUGAAGAACGUGACCCAGUAUACAGAGAAGGAAUACGGCUUUAUCCACGCCUACACGAAAACCCAGACCGCUCACUUCAGGAUGAGGAGAGAAGACAUCGUCCUGGACGAGGAUAUCCUUCAGGCGAUCAUUGAGCUCCCCGAGCGGUAUGAUUACGGCAUGUACGCCAAGUUUAUCGAUGACUACGGGACCCAUUACAUCACCUCCGGGGCCAUGGGCGGCAUCGCAGAAUACAUUUUAGUCGUCAACAAGGAUGUCAUGAGAGCAAAAAAGGUUACUGAUGAAGCUAUAAGUUCCUGUUUUGGAGCAUCCCUGGGUAUCCAAUUCAAGAUAGUGGAAGGUCAAUUGAUGGGCUCAAGAUGUAAGAAAGAUGGAACUGGAUCCUACAAAAAGGCCUUGGAAGACCUGGGUGUUCAGGACAUUAUAUCACGCGUGCGUGGUGGAAUCGUUGGACCAGGCUCUGGCCUUUCCAACAACUGGGCAGCAGAGACGUAUCUUUCCUGGGGGAGGUCGUUAAAGGAUAAUCCCGCUGUUAUUGAUUUUGAGCUCCUGCCCAUCUUUACUGUGUUACGCCAUAGCAACCUGGGCCACCACGAACGUAAAUGGCAGAACCUGAGGCGGGCGCUGGAUGAGUAUCUGGCAGAGCACGACUCUUGCCGUUGCGGACCUUGCGUCAAUAAUGGUGAGCCCGUCCUCAAGGGCACCAGCUGCCUGUGCCAGUGUCCCCAGGGUCGAUCUGGCUCUGCCUGUGAGAGAAUGGAACAACAGGGAAGCCCUGCUGCCGGUCACUGGAGCUGCUGGAGUUCCUGGUCCCCCUGCCAGGAGGGCAUCAAGGAGAGAUCAAGAAGCUGCAGCAACCCAGCACCCCAGAAUGGAGGGGACUCCUGUCAAGGCUCUAGUACUGAGAGACAGGAGUGCUGAGGGUCUUCAGGAAGGUGCUUUACUUCUUGUCUGUCCAGAACACUGGAAUGAACUCUAGCAGAAUUUGGAGUGCUUGUAGCUUCCAGAAAUGACAGAACCAGCCUUGACCAGCUCAAGAGUAAACCUGAGAAGCAGUGGCAGACUUGAGACCUUACUUGAAACUUUCUAAACAUCCAGAUCUCUAUUUUGUUUAUUGUGUCUAUAAAUGACUUCUCCCUUUUCUCACACUCACCCUCCACAACUGUUAAUGUCUGUUAAUAUCUUUUCCAUAUCCGCUUUGAACCUCUGAGAAUUUUGUCUCCCUCUGUUCCUUCACAAGCUCUUCUUUGACAAUAAACCCUUUUGUAAUCUGUGA